GCGGGUAUAAAGGCGAGGGUGGGGCCCAGGGGGUUGGCUUUCAACGACCGUGAUACUUCACCCUCAACCGCUCCCUGCCGCCCCCUUCCUCUGCGCGAGCAGUGCUCCUAGCCGUCGCUUAGUCUAGCAUCUACCUCCUACACGUCUACUUGAUACUUAGCCAUCAUGCGCUUCGCCACGACCUUCCUCUUUGCGCUUCCUCUGCUCGUCGCUGCUCGCAGCCACGUCAAGGACAUCACGAUCCGUCAGAACCUGCCUGACUGCUACUUCACCUGCGCCGCCGCGGGCGACAUGGGCGACUGCUCCUCCACCGACAACACCUGCCUGUGCAAGAACCAGUCCUUCAUCGACAGCGUCACCUCCUGCCUGCAGAAGACCUGCAGCUCCGACGAGGUCGAGACGGCGAACGCGGGCGCGCAGGAGAUCUGCAAGUCGGUGGGCGUCACUCUCACCUCGUCCGCACCCUCCUCCACGAGCGACAGCGCGUCGCCUUCGAGCACCUCGACGUCCGACUCCAACAACUCGUCCACCUCCGAUGACGACUCGGACUCGGACAACAAUGGCGCCGUCAGGACCGGCGCGGGUGCGCUUGCGGGCCUCAUCGGCGCUGCUGUCGUUGCGCUCGCGCUAUAGGUGUCGCCCAUCUUGCGCUCGCUUCAUAGUGCUUCAGUCGAAGACCGAUGAGGUCUCCCUCGACGCGAUGCACUACCCUCAGUUACCCACGGCCUCCUCACGUCUCUUCAGAACGCUUUUCACGGCUACUUUAUACCUCUUCGCUUUCCCGUUGCUAGCGACGGCUCUUUCUCUUCCACCGGGGAGCCUACUUGCUCCUCGACUGGAUGAGCUCUACUUUGACUGACGACUCGAUACGGGAUAAUGGGAUGACUUUUGGAUAUGAUU